AUGACUGACGAUGCACACAGUGCCUUGGUGGGGAUCCGUGUGCAACCUGUCUACGCAAACGCAAACAACCUAAGUGUGUCUAUCGGAAAGACCGCUCCAAAGAAGGAGCGGAUGCAAAAGUGUACACAAUCAAUUCCUCCCGACCAAGAAGACCAAACCGAGGCCGAAGAGUCGAUGUCUCAGCACGAAACACCUGAUAUCAGUAUCAAGGCCGAAGAGUCAAUGUCAGAGGACGAAAAUCCUGAUGUCGAUUUCACCUCAGACCCUCCAAGACCACAAACCGGCCUCGAUGGCGAGUUUUGCCUCGCGCUCUGCGUGGACGAGCUCAAAACGAUCCUGCCCAACGACGGCGACGCAGGGUAUGUGUCCGAGAUAUUUCCGACCUCCUACUUCCUCCAUGCCUCCGUAGAGCAUCCAGAGAACAUCAAAUCAGAUGUUGAUGUCACCAGCCCCGAAGUAUUGGACCAGACCAUGGGGCCCCGGUCUUUUCUCUGUCCAGGGCCCGGCAGCAACCUCUCCGUCCUUCGGCACCUGAAUAUGAGAUAUCUAGGCGUCAGACAACUCCUGGAGACAGGCUCCAUCCUUCAAGCGUGGCUCGUGCUACCUACGCUGUUUCGCGAAGUCACGCUCGCUGGCUUGAUAAGUGAAGGACAAAGGAGAGAACCCCAUAACAUUGAACUUGGUCGCCGCUACUGGUGGCUCCUCGUUCUCCUCGAUGCUCAGCUGAGCUUGCUCCUGGGCCGCAAACCUAUCACGUCGUCAGAAAUAGACGUCCCGAGACCUUCAAUGGCAAACGUCGGUUCACAGCAAAAGUCCAUCUUCCGGAGUCUCUUCGAUUAUUCGUCUCUGGUGCUGGAGGCCUUGGGGCAUUUCAAUCCUGACAGGACCGGCCCAGACGAAGCAUCUUCAGAGACACGGAAACGAAUGCUGGAAGUGUUCUUGACUCGACUGCAAGAAAUCAAGCUCCAGCUCCCUCAUCACUGUGCACAGCACUUCACAGACAUACAUGUGGGGAUCGUUGCUGCUGAUCACGAGCUUGAGGUUCAGGUCUUUGAGGCCAUUCUCCAUUACCGAAUAGCUCGAUUGGUCAUGGAACCCUCCUCGAGUACCAGUGCCAGCGACAACGAGACUGCAGCCUUGGGAGGUGAACGACAAGAUCUACCGCAACAACCGACGUUGGAGCAUCCGCUGGCCAAAUUUCUGCAGACCGUCAGGAAAGUCAUCGACCAUUUCGAAUACAUGUGCUGCCGUUAUGGAAGCGACGCGACAAAUUUGUGGUCACGAUGCCAUAGCCUCUACUGCGCUGCAAUCGCUCUAGCCAUGUGCCCGCGUCAAGUGGCUGACACCGGCGCGGACGCUGCCCGUCUUGGUAAAGUCAUAGCAAUCUUCAGAACUCUCCCAUCGGAUUCACCCGCAGAUAUGAUGGCUGCGUGGGCCUUCUGCAAGUUCAACCGGUCCCUGGUGAGGCUCUCAUUAGCGGCAGGCCUUUCGCCGAACGAAGAUGGCACGUUUGCCAGUAAAUAUAGCUGGGACCCAGUCCCUGGAGAAAUGCUCGCCAAGGCCAGGUUUGACUCUCUCGGCAUGUAUUCCAAUUUUUGCGUCCCAGCGGCAUGGCUCGAAACCAACUAUGAUGGGCAUGUACCACGACCAAUGCCACCGCCAUACCCAUACCCAUACCCAUACGAACCAAGUGUAACAAGUUCACCCGACGCCAACGACCAGAUGGGAUCUGUGGGCGGCGCAGAAUAUCAUCCCACCGAUUCAAUGUAUACAGCGUAUCCUGCAGGACUUUGCGAUUGUUUGCAGAGUGGUUCUCCAGUACCUCGAUGUCAGUCACCCACACUCUGCGGAUUUUGCCAUUGUUCAGAAACUCCAGGAACACCAGAAACUCCUCUUGAGUUCAUCCCGCACGAGCCCAGCACGCAGGGUGUCUCUGAGUACAACCUGACGUAUUAUGAUCCCAGCACGCAUGGUCUCCCUGUGUACAACAACACGAUGUCGAUGCAGGAGCCAUGGUGGCUAGGCAACCAUGAGGAAGAUGACGACGUCAGUAUGGAUGAUGUUCCCAUGCAACUGCCACCAUCGCCUCCCCAGACCCCCGUACAAGGACACCAGGCAUGGCAGGCAUGA